AUGGGCAACUGUUGCUCUCAACGCAACACCGAGGAUGCCCUGAACGAUGAAAAGGGAGACAACAAUGGUGGCCUGGAUAUGAAUGCCAAUGUGACAAACAAUGCUGCUCCGGCCUCCCAGGGUUACAAGCCUCCCCCGGCAUCCCCACCACCAGGUGGAAAGCCUGCGAAGACAGGGCCUAUUGGACCUGUUCUUGGGAGGCCAAUGGAGGAUGUGCGUUCGACCUACUCUAUCGGAAAGGAGCUGGGGCGGGGACAGUUCGGGGUGACGCACCUGUGCACACAUAAACAGACGGGAGAGCACUUUGCCUGCAAAACCAUAGCCAAACGCAAGCUGGUAAAUAAGGAAGAUAUAGAGGACGUGAGGAGGGAGGUCCAGAUCAUGCACCAUUUGACCGGACAACCAAACAUCGUGGAGCUCAAGGGAGCUUAUGAGGACAAGCAGUCGGUUCAUCUGGUCAUGGAGCUGUGCGCCGGUGGAGAGCUUUUUGACCGCAUCAUCUCUAAGGGGCAUUACACCGAGCGUGCUGCAGCCGCCUUGUUAAGGACCAUCGUCCAGAUCGUGCACACCUGCCAUUCCAUGGGAGUCAUCCAUAGGGAUCUCAAGCCUGAGAAUUUCCUUCUGCUCAACAAAGACGAGAACUCACCGCUCAAGGCCACCGAUUUCGGUCUAUCGGUCUUUUACAAACAAGGAGAGGUGUUCAAGGAUAUUGUUGGCAGUGCAUAUUACAUAGCACCCGAGGUGUUGAAGAGGAGAUAUGGACCAGAAGUCGAUAUAUGGAGUGUUGGAGUCAUGCUAUACAUUCUUCUGAGUGGUGUUCCUCCUUUCUGGGCAGAAUCGGAACAUGGGAUAUUCAACGCAAUAUUACGUGGUCACCUCGACUUUUCAAGCGACCCAUGGCCUGCAAUAUCAGCUCAAGCAAAGGAUCUUGUGAGGAAGAUGUUGAAUUCAGAUUCCAAGCAGAGAUUGACAGCCUUCCAAGUUCUAAAUCAUCCAUGGAUCAAGGAGGAUGGUGAAGCACCAGAUGUUCCUCUGGACAAUGCUGUGCUCAGCAGGCUCAAACAGUUCAAAGCAAUGAAUCAGUUCAAGAAAGUUGCACUAAGGGUUAUUGCCGGUUGCCUAUCAGAGGAAGAAAUCAUGGGAUUGAAAGAGAUGUUCAAGAGCAUAGAUACAGACAACAGUGGGACUAUCACACUAGAAGAGCUCAAGCAAGGUCUUGCCAAGCAAGGCACCAAGUUAUCUGAAUACGAAGCUAAACAACUAAUGGAAGCUGCCGAUGCUGAUGGGAACGGGACCAUAGACUACGAUGAGUUCAUCACAGCAACGAUGCACUUGAACAGAAUGGAUAGAGAAGAGCAUCUCUACACUGCCUUCCAGCACUUCGAUAAAGACAGCAGCGGGUUUAUCACGACUGAAGAACUAGAGUCAGCCCUCCGCGAAUACGGCAUGCAUGAUGGAAGGGACAUAAGAGAAAUCAUUGCUGAAGUCGACGCCGAUAAUGACGGUCGAAUCAACUACGAUGAAUUUGUGGCAAUGAUGAGAAAAGGAAACCAAGAAGCGAACCCGAAAAAGCGGCGGGACGAUGUGUUUGUUUGA